GGGGCCUCGGGCUGCAGCCGUCCCUCCCUGCUCACCAGUGUCCUCCUCCCACCCCAGCAGCAUGGAAAUCCCCGCCAAGAGCCCCGAGGGGAGCGAGAAGUCCCCGCAGUGCAAGGAGCUGAUCACCAGUGACACGGGCAGCACGCUGUGCACGAGCUCCCGCAGCGAGUCUGUGUGGACCAGCGCCUCCAGGAGCAAGUGGGACAUUUACCACAAACCCGUCAUCGUGGUGUCCGUGGGAGUGGCCGUCUUCCUCUUCGGGGUGGUCAUCACCAGCCUGUCCUGCUUCCUGACCAAGAACAAGAAGGUUUACAAGAUGUCAGGCCCGGCUUUCCUGUCCCUGGGACUGAUGCUCCUGGUUUGUGGCCUGGUCUGGAUCCCCAUCAUCCGCAAGAAGCAGAAGCAGAGGCAGAAGUCCCAGUUCCUACAGAGCCUCAAAUCCUUCUUCUUCAACCGCUGAGGGCAGCCAGGACCUUCCCGAGAAGGUUCCCCUGCCCUCCAC